UUUUGAUGCCAGCUCGUGGUUCAGGCACGUUGAAUGUGGUUGGAGUAUUGGUUUAAUUAAAUUGACAUUAAUUAAAUUAUAUCAAAUUAUAUCAAAUCAUGAGUAAAACGAGUGGCAGCGGCAUACCUUACUUAGGUAGCAAAAUAAGCUUAAUUUCGAAAGCCGAAAUUCGAUAUGAAGGUAUUCUGUACACAAUAGACCCGAAUGAAUCGACUGUCGCGCUUGCAAAAGUUCGCUCUUUUGGGACAGAAGACAGACCAACUGACCAUCCCGUGCCGGCGAGAGACGAGGUGUUUGAAUACAUAAUCUUCAGAGGAAGUGACAUCAAGGACCUGCAUGUGUGCGAGCCUCCCAAGCCAACAUUGCUCUCAAACUCCUCCAUUAACCAAGAUCCUGCCAUUGUCAAAUCUUCUCAACCAAUUGGUCAAGGUGGGAGUUAUCAACCUCACUUCUACCCGGGAUUUCCCCAGCAAUAUGGAGCUCGAAAUUCUCUGUUCGCCAGAAAGUCUCCAACUAACAAGACAAAAGCCCCUAUGAAAGCAAAUUCAUUGGAAAUGCCAACCAAUCAGAAAUCUUUAAUGAUGGAUCAGAGUGUACAGACAUCAGGAGGAGGAGGAGGAGGAGGAGGUAGGAUGGGAGUUGGUGUGAGGUUUGGGAGCAGAGUAUAUCGAGGCAGGUUCAACAAUCAGGCUCCUUAUUUCCCAAGAGGCCAACCAUGGAUGCCCGUUCAAAGAUAUUUCAUGAGAUUUGGAAAUAAUUUCUACGUGAACAACCGAGAGGUAGGAUGGAACAGAGGCAGAAGAUCCAAUUCACGACAACCUUCCCUUAAAUUUGAGUCUGAGUUUGAUUUUGAAAGUGCAAAUGCUCAAUUUGAUAAAGUCGAAAUUGAAAAAGAAAUCAGGGAGAAGUUAGCUGUUGCGGUGAGCCACAAUGAAAAUGAGGACGUUAAAAAUGGAGACGGUCUAAUGAAAUGCCAAGCAGAUGAGGUGUAUUACUACAAUAAGAACAAAUCCUUCUUUGACAACAUCAGCUGUGUCUCAUAUGAUAGAAACAAUGGGCAAAGAACUGACUGGAAGGACGAAAGGAGGUUGAAUUAUGAAACAUUUGGAGCACGUGGGGGCCACCCGAUGAAUAUGAUGAGGAGUUUCAGAGCGAGGGGAGGGGUCUUCAAUAACAAUAUUAAUAGGAUGUUCGCCAAUUCCUUGUCACUGCAUAACAGAGACAACAGACAAGAUCCAGGACAGGUGAGAAUAAAGAGUGAAGGAGUUGAGAUGGUCAAUGGUCCUACAACGGUUAAGGUUGAGGCAUGACCAUCAUAUCAUAUUCAUAUUGCUACCAUUUUUUAUCGUAUAGAUUUAGAAACAAAACAUGUUUUAGUUUUAAAGCGUUUCAAUUGUUGAGUAAGGAUGCCAUAUGAGCUAUUCUUUUAAAAUGGUACAAUAUAAUAAGAGCAUUGAUUUAUUGUAUUUCUUAACGUGAUCAAAUGUCCCUAAAUUUAUUUUUUCAGUAAAGCAAUGAAUUUUUUUAGUUUAUUCCGGUAUAUUUGUUGAUGAGUUUUAAAUGUAACGAUUGUUAUGAUGUAUCUGCCAAAAAAAUUUCCCUUGCCUUGAAUUGCAAAAUAGUUUAUCUUUUAGUGUUUUCAAUUUUCGGAAACUUUUUGUGUUUGUAAUUGGCAAAAUUAGAUGUAAUUUACCGAACAUAGUUGUUGAAAUGUAGUUUUCUAGAUUUUUGAAUAUUAAUAAAAUACUUCUUAAACUGGUAUGAAGUUUAAAUAAAAAUCGGAAAAUUAA